AUGUCAGGAGUUUGGGUGUUUAAAAAUAAUGGAGUGAUUCGAUUGGUAGAGAACCCACAAGCCGAGCAAGAAGGAAGUGAGCAAGUAAGAGCAAGAAGACCAAAUAAGGUGCUGGUUUACUUGCCAACUGGGCAAGUUAUCUCAUCGUAUGACAUUCUCGAAAGAAUACUUAAAAGUUUAGGGUGGGAGAUGUACUUAGGUUCUGAUCCAAAUCUUAUCCAAUUUCAUAGGAAGAACUCUAUCGAUUUGAUUUCACUUCCAAGCGGCUUCUCUAAAUUUAAUUCUGUUUAUAUGUACGAUAUUGUCAUCAAGAAUUCCAAUGUCUUCCAAGUUCGUGAUGUUUAGGUGAAUUACUCAUCAAACAUGAUUUACACUUACAAAAAGUGUACUUAUCGUCUAGUUCAAGAGUAGAGUGUUUUACAUGGUUGCAGUAUGGCAUACCAUCUAAUAAAGAAAAUUACAUAUGUUCUUGUUUAUGCAUUGUAUUCAUGCUUGUUAUUUGUACUGUUGAUAUG